AACUAAACAAUGAGGUAAUUAGACGUCCUAAGCUUGUAAGGAAUGCUCCACCACAUGUCUCUCUCUCUCUCCUGAAGAAACGCCCCUCUGUGCAGAGCGGUUGUAACUGGAUCUUUGUGAAGUAGCAGAACUGGAUUUGCGUACUAGAAUCACUAUAGCUGCAUGACUUUGGAAUGCAGUACUUUGCAUUUGUAAACCUAAAAAAGAUGAACCAUGAUCAGCAGCUGAAUCCUGGUAGCUCACGUGCAUCAGAACCUUGUUCUCUUGAGCCGCGUAGCUGAAGGGCGCUUCUCUCUGACCUGCUGUUUUAAAACAGGAAACAAAUAGAAAUUUAACACUGAGAAUGCACGGCUGCCAGAAAACGACAUUUCCAGCCUUGGUGGACGUGGUCCCAGAAUUUGGGAACAGCUGAUAGUUUCUCUCCAUAUGGCUCGGACUCACGAAGAACCAAAGUACUCAUGGAACAAAAAUGUUUCUUAAAGGCAGAAAAAUAUUUCUUUAGAAAUUACACAAUGCCAAGCUACAAACUCAUUUAUUUUAAUAUGAGGGGGAGAGCAGAAAUUAUUCGUUACAUAUUUGCAUUUUUGGACAUAAAGUAUGAAGACCACAGAAUAGAACAAGCUGAUUGGCCUGAAAUCAAACCAACUCUUCCAUUUGGCAAAAUACCCAUUUUGGAAGUUGAUGGACUUAAACUUCACCAGAGCCUAGCAAUAGCGAGAUACUUGGCCAAAAACACAGAUUUGGCUGGAAAAACAGAACUGGAACAAUGUCAAGUUGAUGCUAUCGUGGACACAUUGGAUGAUUUCAUGUCACGGUUUCCUUGGGCCGAGAAAAAACAAGAUAUAAAAGAGCAGAUGUUUAAUGAGCUACUUAUAUACGAUGCACCUCAUCUUCUACAAGAUUUGGAUACAUACUUAGGGGAAAAAGAGUGGUUCAUUGGUAACUCUGUAACUUGGGCAGAUUUCUACUGGGAAAUUUGCAGCACUACCCUUUUGGUCUUGAAACCUGACUUGUUGGACAUCCAUCCCAGGCUGGUGGCAUUACGGAAGAAAGUCCAAGCCAUCCCUGCCAUUGCUGACUGGAUACAACGAAGGCCCCACACCAGACUCUAGGGGUUCCUGCUGCCUCCAACUUUGUUGUUUGCUCCCAUCAGAUAAGAAGCUGUCUCCCCUCCCCCACUCCAUCAAGACUCCCUUUUGCCAUAUUCUGUUUGAAAAGAAAAAAAAGAGCAUUUAGUUGCCAGUAUCCUCCCCCCACCCCCACCCUGAAUAGUUACAACUGAGGAAAAAUAGUUUAAGGCAGGCCUCGCCUUGCAUCAGUUCUGUCAUGCAUUAAUUUUGGCCGCAAUAGCUUAUUAAAUAACACAUUCCCCCUGAAAAUGGUUUGGACUUCAGUUACCAUGAUAACUGUGAGCAACUGCAUAAAGUAUAAACCUCGCUGCUAGCUCUUCAGUCCACAAAUCUCCAUGUAAAUAAGAUGCACAGCAAGACCAUGACCAGUGAUGUCACUUCUUUCAGUCUGUUACCGGUUGGACCCUGCACAUCUGUCUGUUAUUCACCCCCAGACAAUAAAGUGUGUAGGGGCA